GAUGGCAUUCGAUCGGAUCGCGAUACGGACGGGACGCGCGAAUCGUCUGCUGCUUCUGUUGCCCUGAAGUCGACGAUGACGCGCGGCUACGUCGCGGUAAUGAAAUAGCGAACACCGUCGGUGAAGAGACACGUCGGUGGCAGUGAAACGCGAAAGCGGGAAUGUCGGAGCAACGUGGUGAUUAGAUCCACCGAGAUGGAGUAGACUUUGCCUAUGCGUGAAACAUAAAUACACCCGUGACGAAGCAACGCUUGAGAACAUCCAGGUCGGUGCUCGGUCUUUUCCUCAUUGCCGAGUCGAGAGAAUAGGAAAUAAAAAUGGAGGAAAAACGUUGCAGUAGAGAUACGACAGAGGAAGAGGAACUGGAAGACACUGAAAAUAUAAUAAUUAAUGAAGUGGAUGGUUUACCCAAUUUACAUCCAAACUAUGAACAGUUAGAGUUGACAUUUACAAGAGAAAAAGAUGACACAAAUAUUAGAUCGAUCGACGAGUUAGUUAACGACGAAGAUCUACCAACUUCUGUAAUCGUAACGAACGUAGAUCCUCGAGUUUUUAAAGAUGACGAUUUGAAGUCGUCCAUAGAAAAUCUUUUCAAACAGUUUGGAGAAGAUGCUACGUUUCAAUACUUCAGAUCCUUCAGAAGAAUGAGAGUAAACUACAGUUCCCCCAGUGCCGCAGCAAAUGCAAGGAUACAGCUGCAUCAAUCGCAUUUUGGAGAAACUGAUAUUAAUUGUUACUUUGCACAACCAGUGACACCUAUAGAUAUGGAGGAUCAACAUCUUCAACCACCCGCGCUUACCAAACAAUUCCUCAUAUCUCCUCCUGCUUCUCCGCCAGUUGGUUGGGAGCCACGUGAAGAAGGAGAACCACUCGUUAAUUACGAUUUAUUAACCGCUAUAGCCAAUUUAUCCGCAGGUGACACACACGAGAUACAUCCAGGAGGCUCAGGGCAGCCAGGCAUAGUCGUGCAUGUUUGCGAAAACGCGAAUCCAUCGAAAAAUACGCCUCGUAUUCAACACACGCGAUGUCCGGAACAUUAAUUUCCUCCGUUUAUUCGCAUCUCGGAUUUGUCACAUGAUACGUUUUUAUGCCCUGUUAAAAAGUCAGAUACGAGCUAGAAAAGGAGACAUAUUAUAUACCUAGCGAACGAUUUUAAAUUAGUAUUAUAUUGGAGUUAUAAUUCAAAACUAAUUGCGUGAUUGGUAUCCAGUUGACGAAAGUAUGUUGUGAACAAAAUUACAGCUCGAUACAGUACAGACAACGACAUGGUGUCUGGUAGAGUCCGACCGAAACCACAUUUGGACCUCCGGCCGAAACCGAAAACGAAUAUUCGUUUGUCAUUCAAUUUCGGUU